AUGUCGAUAUAUGAGAGACGACGCAUGACGAGCAUAAGGGGUGCCCGACAGCUAGAGCUUGCGGAGAUGCUUGGUCGAGCCGAGACCUCGCUGUGUGCUGCUCACAAGCUGAGGAUUGUUGAUGGUCGAGAAGCAUGCAAAUGUCGGGUAGAGGCCAGAUGCAGGGGCCGGGG